AUGGCGUCAAGCAUGAAGGAAAAGUUUGAUAAAUAUUGGAGUAGCAUGCAUGAAAUUCUAGCUGUUGCAACUAUAUUGGAUCCUAGAUACAAGAUGAAACUAGUUGAAUACUAUUUUUCUUUGAUUUUUGGAGAUGAAGCUCAGGACGAGGUUGAAAAGGUUAGAGCAUUUGGUCAUAAGUUGCUCAAAGAGUACAAGAGACCACAUCGUUCGACAGAAAAUACAUCUUUGUUUCCAUCAUCUUCACAAUCAGAGUCGUCUACUACUAGUGGAAAACAUUCUCGCAUGGCUGGUUUUGAUACAUUUGUUAGUCUUUCUAUUACUGCUGAUCAUGUAAAAACAGAGUUCGAUGUUUUUCUAGAUGAGCCAGUAUUGCCUAGGGUGGACGGUUUUGAUCUAUUGACAUGGUGGAAAGCAAAUUCAAUAAAAUAUCCGACUUUACAGAAGGUUGCAAGAGAUUUAUUAGCCAUUCCAGUAUCUACUGUUGCAUCCGAGUCAGUAUUUAGUACAAGUGGUAGAUUUGUGAGCCCACAUAGAAAUAGGCUUCACCCGAAGACUUUAGAAGCUUUAAUGUGUGCUCGAGAUUGGCUUUGGUCUGAUAUUCAUGAAAAUUCUGGCCCUUCAUCAUAUUCCGGAGCUUGUGCAAAGUUUGAUGACGAGGAUGUUGACGAAGAGGAAUCAACUUUGAGUUUUGACGGAUGCCAGUAAGAGUUGUGGAGAAGAAUGAAGAUUGAAUAUGAAUUGAGGUUGAAG